CAAUCAGAGAUGAGGAUAUUGGAGCGUGGGGCGUGGUUUAGGGGAGGCUAGUGGAGACCCGUUGCUACAGCAGCAUCUCCUGUUAUCAGUGAGAGAUGGAGGAUUUUGACGAAUCUGUGGCCGUCAGCGAGGAUCUGCUGCCAUGCAAAGUGUGCGGGAGACGUUUUUUCUCAAGCGUCCUUAAGAAGCACAUGACCAUCUGCCAGAAAAGUGCAGUGAAGAAAAGGAAGGUGUUCGACUCGAGCAGACAGAGAGCCGAGGGCACCGACAUAUCGACUGUGAAACCGCUCAAGCCAAGGCCUGAACCACCCAAGAAACAGUCCAACUGGCGCAGAAAGCAUGAGGAAUUCGUCGCCACCAUCCGUGCUGCCAAAGGCCUGAGCCAAGUGAUGAAAGACGGCGGCCCUCUUCCCCCGCCCCCACCUCCAUCCUACGAUCCAGAUUAUAUCCAGUGCCCAUAUUGCCAAAGGCGGUUUAGUGAGAACGCAGCCGAGCGGCACAUCAAAUUCUGCAAGGAGCAAGCGUCCCGCAUUCCCAACAAGGAGAAAUUCGUGGGAAAUGACAAAGCCAAACCUCCAGCCAGGACACAGUGCAAGCCUGCCCUGGUGAAAAAAGCAACUUCUGUAACUCCCACAUCUUCCGUGUCUUCCACUCGCCUACCUCAGCGUCCAACCUACGGACAGGCCAGAGGAAGCGGAAUUUCUGGCACCAAAAGUCCUGCAGGCUCAAUGAAGAAUGUAAAUGCUUCAGCUUCUUUUUCUCCGUCUCGCCCAGUCUCUGGUGGAGUGACCGUACCUCCUGGGGACAAACCUAAAGGCGUGGUUGCUCCCAGUUCCUUGAAGAGCACGACCUACGGAGGAGGAACGAAUAAAAAGAUGAUGUACAGUGCUAACAGCUAUAAUUCAAGGAAUGAGGUGAAAAAUGACAAUGGGAUGGACUAUUCCACAAAGGGGAACAAGUUCUGUCAUGAGUGUGGAACCAAGUACCCAGUGGAGUCGGCCAAAUUCUGCUGUGAAUGCGGAGUGAGGAGGAUGUGCUUUUAGAGACACAGAGAGAGACACAGAUAGAGAGACACAGAUAGAGAGACACAUCUUUUAAUGCUGAAUCUCCCACUUUCCCAACUGUUACAAUCUUGCCCAUGAAUUCCAGCCUUUCUAUAUUUAUCAAUAUGCUUAUAUCUAUAUUUUUGCCUUGUUUUUAUUCCAAUUUGUGUUUAUUAUCGAAGUGCAAUAUGAUGAGCUACUGAUCUUUUUUCUUUUCUUUAAGAAUUAGCCCUUUUCUGAAUUGAUAAAAAAACAAUGUAUGUAUUUCAAACCCGAUAUCACCACCUCCAUUUCAAAGCAGGAACAAUCUGACAUGGUAUUGUGAAAUUUAAUUUGUAUUUUUUUUUUUUUAUUAUGCGGUUGCAAUUAGAUUUUUUUAUAUUGUUUAUUUUGUUUUAUUAGUAAUUCUUAUUUAGUUCCUCAGUCGCAGCUUGAUGACGAUUCGUAAGAAUUCAUAUUCGGAUGAAUACGCUUGAAAUCGCAUAGCAAAGCUUUUUUCACUCUAUGCAGAAAAUCGCUUCACAGCCCUUGAAGACCUCUAUAAGCCCGUCUUCUGCUGCUCCUCAGCUGGUACAUAAUGUAAGAUGAAGCACCCGUAUAUAAUCCCCUCCUGAUUAAUGACCCUGUUGUGCUGAUAAAGCGGAAUACUACAGCUGGUUUAUGCUUAUGAUCAUAUGAGACAGAGCGGGUACGAGGCCUGCUGACCGAGUGCGUGCGUCACAGUAAUGUAACACGAAUAAACGUUCAUCCACGUGA